CAGCCAUUUCCAAAAAUCUGCCUCAGAGACUGGUGCACUUCCUGGGGGCUUGGAGGAAGGGCUGGUCCUCACAUGUGAUUAGUGGGUGUGUGUUUGCGCUCCCCUCAUUCAGUGCGACGUUUUAUUAAAGUUGUAAGAUGGCGACGGUGCAUCUGAGGAUCGGGGACCUAGUGUGGGGGAAGCUUGGUCGGUACCCACCAUGGCCAGGGAAGGUCGUAAGCCCUCCCAAGGACCUGAAAAAGCCCAGGGGCAAAAAAUGUCAUUUUGUCAAAUUCUUUGGAACUGAAGACCAUGCCUGGAUCAAAGUAGAACAGCUGAAGCCCUACCACGCCCACAAAGAGGAGAUGAUCAAGAUAAAUAAAGGGAAGCGCUUCCAGCAGGCGGUGGAUGCAGUGGAAGACUUCCUGAAGAAAGCUAAAGGGAAGGAACAGAACUCAGACAGCAAAGCAGAGUCCAAAGGAAAGAAGACCCCCACCAAGCCCCUGAAAAUACUGGAGGAGGAUGAUGAGGACCUCAGCGCCCUGAAGGACCCCUCUGAGAAGGACUUAACUGACUCUGACCCCGAGCCAUCCACUCUUGAGAGGCUGGGGGCUGGACCCGGCUCAGGAUACAAAUGGGAUAGCAGUCCUGUCAAAGAUGAUCCACACUUCCAUCACUUCCUCCUCAGCCAGUCUGAGAAGCCAGCAUCCUCCAUGGAACCAAUCAGCAAGCGCCUGAAGAUCAUUGAAGAGGACACAGGGUCAACAUCUAUCCAAGCAGCAGACAGCACAGCCAUCAACGGCAGCGUCACGCCUACAGACAAGAGGAUAGGGUUCCUGGGGCUGGGGCUGAUGGGGAGUGGGAUCGUUUCCAACCUGCUGAAGAUGGGUCAUCUUGUCACAGUGUGGAACCGCACAGCAGAAAAGUGCGACCUGUUCAUCCAGGAGGGCGCCCGGUUAGGACGCACUCCUGCAGAGGUGGCCUCCACGUGUGACAUCACUUUCUCCUGUGUCUCUGACCCAAAGGCGGCCCGGGAUCUGGUGAUGGGCCCCAGUGGAGUGCUGCAGGGGAUCAGGCCUGGCAAGUGCUACAUAGAGAUGUCCACGGUAGACCCAGAGACAAUCACAGAGCUCUCACAGGUGAUCACAUCGCGGGGCGGCCGUUUCCUGGAGGCUCCGGUGGCAGGAAGCCAGCAGCUCUCCAACGAUGGGAUGCUGGUCAUCCUGGCAGCGGGGGACAGGACGGUGUAUGAGGACUGCAGCAGCUGCUUCCAGGCCAUGGGCAAGACAUCCUUCUUCCUGGGGGAAGCCGGUAACGCAGCCAGGAUGAUGCUGAUCCUCAACAUGGUGCAGGGCAGCUUCAUGGCCACCAUUGCAGAGGGGCUGACCCUGGCCCAGGCCACCGGCCAAUCACAGCAGACUUUCUUGGACAUCCUGAGCCAGGGCCAGAUGGCAAGCACCUUUGUGGACCAGAAAUGCCAAAAUAUUUUACAGGGCAACUUUAAGCCGGACUACUAUUUGAAACACAUUCAGAAGGACCUGAGAUUAGCCAUCUCCAUGGGCGACACGGCCAACCAUCCCACCCCCAUGGCAGCUGCAGCCAAUGAGGUCUACAAGAGGGCCAAGGCACUGGACCAGUCAGACAACGACAUCUCUGCCGUGUACAGGGCCUACAUCCACUGAGCCAGGUGUGAUCUGGACCAGCGUCUUUAAUCCUUCUUCUUUCUCCCUUUUUCGAGUAAUGAAUUUCCUAUUUCAUUUUAAUUCUAGUUGUGUUACUUCAUUUUGCCGCAGCAGCCGCCAUGUUAGCUCCCACAAUCGAGGGGAUUGUUAUUCCUUAGUCGGAGGCGACCUUGAGCAUUGCACUGACUGUACUGGGGGGGUAAACGCUGUGAGGAGCUUGUACUACUGCAGUUGCUUCGUCUAGUUUCUGACAGCUGAAACAGAAUUCAUGCAGGGGGGAGGGGUGUACAGCUAAAGCCAGAGAGAAUACUGUCAGGUUUCCUGGAUGGAUUGCCCUAAAGAAGAUUUGUUUGUGAAAAAUGAGUAUAUUUAAUGUGUGAUUUUUGCUUUUCUUUUAAAUGUCCUGAAUUCCACGAGAGAAAACACCAAGAACAUGCCACUGCAUUGCCUUAAUAUUGUGUACCCCCUGGAGUCUUUCAACAUUAGUAUUUAUUUAUGUUUCUUUCUAGGUCUUUUUGGUGCAGAUUGGCCAUUGCUUGUUUCUAUAUUUGAAGGGAUUGGUGUUUAUGAUCUAUCUUAAACAGUUUAAGGACAGAUUAACCGAUGUGUUGAGGCCUUGAAAUGCAGUAAUUAUUGAUCAAUCUCCUCUUGAGAUUUCUAUAUUUGAAACCCUUUUGUCUUGCGUUUUGGAAGAGUUCUCAUUUACACUGUUUUUCUGUUUUUAAAUUAUUACUCUGAAACUAGAUGAGGUCUACUUUUUGAGUUGCUUUUUAAUGAAAGGAGAUUAUAUGCCCCAAUUUCAAUCGUCUUUUUAUCUGGUAAUUGGAGCUUUAAAAGGUGGCUGGGUUUCAUAAGCCAAUUUUAGACCAUCAUGGGACACAAGAAUUCAAUUAAAACAAAACUGAUGAAAACAUAUGAGCCUGGUCGGUGGUGGGACAGUUUCAGUACUUUAACAUGCUCGCCUCCACAGAUGUUAUAUUGAUAAACCAUUACAGCAGUCAAAACCCAACACACACACACACACACACAGACUUGAGCUCAUAGAUAUGGAAACUUAACAAUGGAUUCCUUUUUUAUUAUUUAUUUCUUACAUUGCCCUCAACCAGGAUUCAGGUCAAUGAAGUGGGGGGGGCCAGAUGGUCUUGGAUGCUCUUGACUGUAGUAGAGGUCUUCACUGGUUCACACUCAGUGUGUUUGUUUUUACACUGUAAAUGUUCCUGCUCCCUACAUAAUAUUAAACACUGCUUCAAAAACUCAUUUUCUGAUCACUCAAAUGUUCUUGUGGAUUUCUGCUUCAAACAUUCUUUAGUCGGGGUCUCAAUGAUGUUCAUGUCAGACGGGUCAAGUUUUGUUACUGUGGUUCUCAGGUAUUUGCGCCAAUAUAAAAUACCCUUUUCAAUUUAGAGUGAGAAUCAGGAUCGGUGCAGCGCAGGGGAGUGUCAUGUGAAAUGACGUUAGGGUAGUUUGCUCUCUUCAGAUUCUGGACCAGUGAAGACCUCUACUACAUCACACCCAAACGCAUGCAGAUGUUAACGUCCAACAUAUGCAAAAGAAACCUGGAAUAUAUUCUUAUAAGUACUCAUCAUAGUCAACCCCACUGUCUCCUCACCUUCUGGGAUGUGAUUUAACCAUGGUAGCAAGCCACCUUUACCCAUGAUGCAGUAUGAUAUGAAGACACAGGGCAGCGUGCACCAUCAGAACCUGUUAUGGCUUCCUUGCAAGGACAAACGGCUCGUUGUGGUUUGUUUGCGCCCAUGGUUUUCAUCAGUUAAACUGUACAUAAAUGAGUAUUCCAUAAACGAUGCAUUAGUUUCUUGUAAAGAAUUGAACUUCCAAUUUUGAUAGUUUGUCAAACAAAUGCUUAAGCUUUCUGAAUUAAAUGUCCCUUCCACAGUCAAGUGUAAAGAUCAGUUUUUAGAAGACAGAUGUAAAUAGCACAUGAGGUUGAGUAGGCUUUCUUUUCUAUCUACAAUAACCGGGAAUAAUACUUUUGCUUUUGACUAUACAGUCUAAAAUCUUUGUGUCUUAAUACUGUAGAUUGUUCAGUUUAAAUGUAAAUGGUUUAUUGUGUGGUUUAUAUAAUCUGGUUUAUUGCAUUUAAAAUGACUUUGAUCCCGUUAAAGGAAGGAGGGUGAACCUUUGGUUUCGGGGGAUAUUUAUGAUUUCGUGUACAUGGAAAAGUAUCAAGACUUUUGUGCUGUUUAAUAAAUUUUCUCCUGAUUACUGA